UCUGAGUUAGAAGAACUGAGGGAGCCACCAACGUGUUGUGACCAUGAAAAAGGGUCAUGCAAUCCUAGAAUGCAUCCAGCAAGCUGAAUAAAGUUACUUUUGGUAAAGAGGCUUCUUCCAUGGCAUGAAUCCUCACUUGCUUCCAGGAUCCAAAGCUUAAAGAAGAAAAAGCCUGAGGGUCAGGACACUUAAAGGAGUAAAGAAGUGAUUUAAGUUCCUGUGAGGAACAGAAUUAUCUACUUACAUUAUACAGUGCUGUUUUAGAAAACUAGCCUCUAACCAAGAAUAAAAAUUAUUGUCAGAAUAAUAUGCGAACAGAUCAUGAAGAACUCUGUGGCACCAGUUAUGGACCUUUUUGCCUAAAUGGCGGGAUUUGUUAUAUGAUCCCUACUGUAUCCAGUCCGUUUUGCAGGUGUAUUGAGAACUAUACAGGAGCCCGUUGUGAAGAAGUUUUGCUACCUAGUCUCAAGACCCAAAUUAAAAGUGAACGCUUUGCAGCUUUCUUGGCUUCGGUUGUUGUUCUAGGAAUUCUUGUAAUUGGAGCAUUCUACUUCCUUUGCAGGAAGGCCCACAUUCGAAGGGCCAGCUCAACAGAGCGUGGUGCCAGCCUGGUUGAGAUUACCAGCAGCAAUGGCUGCAACAAGAUAACAGAAUAAAGCAAUAAAACAGGAACCAUGGGAGAGCAACGUGCAGAGGAACCAUAACAUAACAAGUGCUGUGGAGGGUCUGGUAAC